GCGGCUGGAGGUUUCAUGGAAGAACAAGCACUUAGGACUUGCAGGAUGAAUGGGAAUUUGGCAGAUACAAGGGGUAGCUGAGGAAUGAGCAACAAGACUGCCAAAGUGUAAGGUUCCAGAGGCUGGGAUGGUUUGACAGCCAGCUCUCCAGCCCGGCCAGGUUCCCUCCAACCUUUCUGGUGGCCCCUUCUCAGCUCCUGUCCAUCAUGGCUGGUGUUCCCUGGGGCGCUCUCCACUUUUACCGCCAAUGAGCUCCUCCACUCCUGAGGCCUCACUGAUGGGGCCCAAAUCUGUUUCAAACCCAGGCCAUGGCCCCUCAGCUGCACACUCACCUCCACAGGAUGUCCCCAUCCCCAGGCAUCCUUCCUUGUGCAUUUUGUCACAGUGAAUGGCACCAGCAUUCACCCAGUUACCUAAACGAGAGGGCUUUAUGAAAUGACCCUCUCAUACAUUGCUGGAGAAGAGUAAAUGGCACAGGAACUUGCUGGUGCCAUUUACCCAGAGAGAAAACAAGAGGACGGCUGCUGAGCUCUUCUGAAAGUCCACAACUUACUAGCUGAGUGAUCCUGGGCAAGUUACUUAAUCUGUUUUCUUAUCCAUAAAAUGGCUUUGAUGAUACUACCUACCUCACAAGGUUGUCAUAUGGAUUAAACAACAUUAGUUGCUGUUAUUCAUUGAGCCCUAUAUUAAGUCCUUUACUUGGAUUCCCUUGAAGAUGGAGCACCGAGUCCAAGGUCACACUGUUACCAAGUGGCAGGUUCAGGUUUGGAAGCCAGAGUUCUCUAGCUCCAGAGCCACCUUUGUCACCUAACUGCCACACUUUCUGAAGACUGUAUGCCAAAUAAGGAAAUGCUUAUGGUACAAAGUUAAGAGGAUGGCAAAUUGCAAAAUCAGUGCGAGUAAAUCCACAAAUAGCAAAGGCUGCAAGGGAAUAGAGCAAAUGGUUAAAUAUGGUUUAAUUUGGUAUUUUUUCCCUCCAAUAUCUGUAUUUUUCACAUUUUCUGUAUACACGUUUUUUAUUAAAUUACUUAUAACAUCAAAAGUACAUUACAUUAAAAACAAUUAUGAGUCUAUAACCUGUUUCCCUGAUUGAAAAUUACACUCUUCUUGGUAUGUAUUUCGUCUUGGUUCUAGUCUUACUACCCUGAACAGAAACUCUUCAAUCCUCCCAACGGCCGUGGUAGGAAGCGGAUAUUGCAGCCAUGACCACCUCCAUCCACCCCUCGCUGACAACCUGGAUCCUGCAGCAAGCUGUCAAAAUCAGAGGGACAUUCCAGACAGAACCCGGGCUGUUUUACCGCCUAGGGCUUUCUGGACAGCGCUGCUUCAGAUCAGUUACUUUUUUUUCUUUCUUUCUAAAUAGCCGGCCGAAUGCUCUUUUUCCAGUUCUGGCUGAGUUGUUAGCUGCAGCCGGGCGGCGACGCCUGCCAGGUACCUGGCUCCGUGAGCACCGCCCAAACUGGUCAGGCCAGUCCGUCCUGUGGCUGUUUCUGCCAGGACUCGCCCAAGUGUGUGUACGAGUGAGUGUGUGUCAGAGACCCACCCUGCUCCCCUGCAACCCAGGUAGGUGGAAGACAGUUGCAGGCAGCAGCCUGGCAGUCAGGCCAGAUGGGUGGGGCUGAAUUAAUGUAACCUGGAAUUUCAACUUGGCCUGCACAACAGGUGAGGGAAAAAAAGCAGCAGAGAGAACGGGCAGUUUGGCAACUUGGAAAUAUUCCUGAGCCUUGCCCCUUACCCCCUGCCUGGAACAUAGCCCAGGGUGAUGUUCCUUCUCCUUCUCCAAAGUGUCUGAGCCAGGUUUUAGGGCUCGGUCGCGCCACGGCCCCCUCAGAGGCUGUCCGAGCCCCUCCUGAACGCUGUCCUCCUCAGUUACCCUCCGCAACGCGCCCGUUCCCCCGCCUCUGGGAGGCAGGGCGGGGGUAUCGGAUUAGUCUUUGUUUUCGAUGCGAAAGAGCCAAGCGCGGAGCGGGGCAGGCUCGCAAUGGCAGGGCCGUGGGGUCCACCUGGACAGGGCACUCGGCCCUGACCCCCUGCAAGGGUGCCCUUAGCCUCUGCCCCCAAGCAACCCCUUCUUGCCGACCAAGCUGACUCGGUACGCAAACGCGCGAUGUCCCCCAUUGUCCUGCCUCGGAAUGAGCCAGCGGCAGCCGGGACAGGGGGGUCAGUCGGGCCCGCCGCUCAGGCCUCCCGGGGGCGCCGGGGCCGUCCCGGACCGCUCGGGCCCACAGGGAGUGGCAGGAAGUGGGGACACCGAGGGCAGCUCGGCCGAGGGCCUAGGCUGGGAGGUCCGCGUGCCCCACCCCGCCUCGCGGGCUCUGGCUGCAGCCCCACCACAGGGCGAGAGUGACCAGCCCGAAGGGGGCGGCCGCGUCCCGGGAGGGCCGACCGCGGGGGUGGGAGCCACUGCAGGUGCAGAGAAGCGGCGGCCCGGCCGGAGCCUGCCCCUAGCCGCUCGCGGGCCGCCCGCCCGACCCCUCCCCUCAGCGAGAACCACCACCACCCUCGCCCGGUCCGGGGCCCGGCGGGGCUCGGCGGGGCCGCACGUGUGCGCCCUCCCGGGCGGGGGAGUCCCCGGGCGAGCACGUGCCGCGGUGCGCGGGGGGCGGGGAGUCCCGCGGACGCCUUCAUUGCUGCUGCUGCCGCCGCCGCGGCCGCCGCUGCCUCUUCCUUCCUCCUGCGCCGUCCCCUCCUCGGCCCGGGUGGGGGGCUCCGCGCGCCGAGCUCGGUCGGGCCAGGCGCUCCGGGAGGCGGGCGCCCCAGGCGGCGGCGGCGGCGGCCGCGACGGUGGUGGCGGCGGCGGUGCGGGCCGAGAAACUUUGCCCCUUUGUGCGCUCCGCCCCGGAGGCGGCGGGCAGGCAGCGCUGCCUUCUCCAGCGUCCAGACCCUAGAGGAAAAAUACCAGGAGAAACUGCUCACUCAGCUCUGACCCACCACACCCCCACCUGCUCACCUAAUGCCUGGGUCCAGGGUGGGUGAGGGUGAAGAACCCACCAGGCCAAGAUGAUCCUUUUUCUGGAGGCUGCUG